AAUAUCUUAAUACCAUUUGAUGUUUUCUUGUCACAUAAUUAUUAUGAUGGCACUAGAUGAUGUAUUGUUAUUGAUAUCUUGUUUGUACUUACGUAAAUGAAGAUGUAAUGAUACACAUAAACAUGAGCCAAGAAGAUAUAGACGAAUAUUCAAACUCUAUAAAAAGACUUAAAAAUGAGAGCACUAUAACAGGAAUUAGCGAAGAAGAGUUUACUAAAAUGUAUUUUCAAUCUUUGAAUGAAUUGAAUAGAGAGAGAUUAAAGAAAUCAAAUAGGAAAACCAAUACCAUAUUCGUAAUACCUAUUUUAGUUAUUUUUUUUAUAACAAUAGCAUACAAUUAUAAAUUCGUAUACAGCUGUUUAAUUUGUAAUAUGCAAGAAUAUAUAUAUCCGGGAUUGAGAUUGUUAAGAAAGAUAUCCAUUCCAUUUGUGGCAUUAUUUCCAUCUUUAACAGAAUUUUAUCAAGAGACGUGUCUCAUACAAAACCCAUUCUUUACGGUAGUGGACAUGGAUUGCUGGCCAUGCAGCUCCAUUCAUACUAUUAGAGAAAUCUCCAAUCCUUUACCGAUUCACACACAACAGAGUGCACCAUUCGUUUACAAGACCAAACAACAUUCAAUAAAUUUCGAUGAUAUAAAAAAACUGUAUAUAAAUAAUAGAGAUUUAUUUGACAAAGAGAGUCCAAAGAUCUUAGUGAAUAAUAAUUACUAUGUUUCACCGAGAGAUGUAUUCAAGUCUGAUUUACAGAACAAGGACUUAUUUAUUUGGAAAUUUAAUAACUUUAAUGUAGCCAGGUUACUGAGGCAGAUCAUACCGAGACCAAAAGUUGUCCCAAAGUUUGGUCAAAGCACUGAAAGAUUUAUUAUAAUGGAUUUUAAGCAGGACAAGUAUAAAAUACCAGACACAGAAUGCAACAAUUCUUUCCUUCUAACAUUAAAAGGCAGCAGGAUUGUGGAAUUGAAACCGGCGGAAGAAUGUAAACAUGAAUGCAAAUCAUUCAAAUUGGAACUUAAAGAGAGUUAUUUAUUAUGGUAUAAUUGGUGGUACUGGCGACCUGUGGUUCAACAGUCAUCGAGCAAUGAAACAUUUAUAGCCCAUGUUGGAUCGUACUGUUAAAAUACAAACAACUCUGAGGAACAUAUAAAACAUGUAUUAUAAUUGGUCUAAAAUAAAUUAACUAAAAAUAUUAAAAGCUUAUUCAAACUUUUCUUUUAGUUUUUGUUUAAGUAAAACAGGAACUAGUGAAAUGAGGGCGAAUAUGCUCAGAAUAGUGACCGAAGUCCAGGACCAGGCGUCACUAGUAGAUGUCAGAGUGUGAAGGGUCUGACCAGCUUGGAUAGCCACAAAUGAUGGUGGCGCCACUCCUAUAAAAAAAUAUUAACUCAUAAUAAAUAGUGUACAUAUUGUGUUAAAAAUUAUAAGACAUUGUUAUUUAAUGAAUUAUGUUUUAAAUGUAAUAAAAUAGUUGACAUUCCUA